GAUUGAUCAUUGGACAUUUUGAAAUACGCGGUAACGGGGCGGCGAAAUUUCGAGAAAAUCGAAGAGACUAAAACGCGACAAGCAGCGCCAACAGUGAGGUUACAUCCAGAUCAGUUUUUCACCAGCAACGUGCACGCGUGAUAGCCGGUCAUUUUUUAUUCACUAAUUUUUAUUCAGUUAAUUAAUUAAUCAAAAUGGCAGUAGCAAUCAAGAGGCUGAUUCCCAUGUUGGACAGAGUUCUUGUUCAAAGAGCUGACGCUAUAACCAAAACGAAAGGAGGAGUUUUGUUACCAGAAAACCAGAAGAAGGUUCUCCAAGCAACUGUCGUAGCUGUUGGACCUGGCUCCAGAAACGAGCAAGGACAGCAUGUCCCAAUGAACGUCAAAGUUGGAGAUCAUGUUCUACUCCCAGAGUACGGAGGCACCAAAGUUGUUGUUGAGGAGGAUAAGGAAUUACAUCUUUUCCGUGAAUCAGAUAUUCUUGCUAAAAUUGAGUCUUAAUAAAGUUCAGACUUAGCUUUAGCACAUAAACAGAUUUAAUAAUUAACCAUUCAGUUUUUAUUCUCAUUGCCACUACUGUGUAAAUUAUAAUUGAUCCAAUUAAUAUUUUGUUUAUAAUUAAGUGUCUUAGAAUGUAUAGGAUGUUUUUUUUCGUACAUAUUUUCAAAUAAAAUAACAGUUAUUCCAUACAAAAA